AUGUUUUUAUUUAAAAGGCGAUGUUAUCAAUGUGGUUCUCGAGGUCAUUUUAGUCGAGAUUGUGGUAAUGAUCAACGAACUUACAAAAAAAAUGGCAAUGAAUAUCGAUCUGCUUCAAAUGAUCGUCGUCGUGAACGAUCAUAUUCUCGAUCUCGCUCUCGAUCACCUCGUCCUCGAGUUAUUCGAGACUAUCGUCGUUAUAGUCCUCGUCGAAAUUUAUCAUCAUCUCAUUAUAAAUCUCGUGAUAAUCGAUCUGGUUAUUAUACAAGGUAA